GUUCUGUUCGCGGUAAUGCCGCAAAACAGGUGGGCGAUAUCAUUUCGCCUUGGAAUAGUCCUACCUCAUCAACACCUACGAUGACCUCCCCGCUGCGAACCAAUUCUGCGCUCGACAAACAAGUAGGCACACUGACAGAGACUGCCGUGCAGUCCGACCAUCCUGCACAAUCUGUUGCCCGCAAGAAGACCCCCGCGUUUUGGCUGAUAUUCUUCGCUUUAUGCGCCUCUCUGUUCUUAUCAGCUUUGGAACUUACAGCUGUAUCAACGGUACUACCAACCAUUGCUCACGAUCUCCAUGCGACCGAGUUCAUAUGGGUGGGUUCCGCAUAUGCGCUUUCUUCCACCGCCUUCCUUCCCAUGAGCGGAAAUCUAGCUCAAAUUUUCGGCCGUCGCCCUGCACUUCUGGUUUGCCUUGCGAUAUUUGCUCUCGGAAGUGGCAUUUGUGGGGGCGCCCGGAACAUGAAUAUGCUAAUCGCCGGAAGAACUGUUCAAGGGCUAGGAGGCGGUGGUAUUCAAUCAUUGUCAGCGAUCAUUCUCGCGGAUUUGGUUACACUUCAAGAGCGUGGUCUGUACGCUGGGUUAUUCGGAUUAACCUGGAGUAUCGCUGGAAUGAUUGGACCAAUUAUUGGCGGUAGUCUGGCAGACAACGGACAGUGGAGAUGGCUAUUCUACUUGAACCUCCCGAUAUGCGGUCUUUCAGCUGCAUUGGUGCUAGCGUUCUUAAAGCUUCCGACGCCUCCGGGUACACUCUCUCAGAAAGUUACACGAAUUGAUUGGAUCGGAAAUGUUCUUGUGAUUGCCAGCUCUAGCUCGACGGUUAUUGCUUUGACCUGGGGUGGAGUAAUUGCUCCAUGGGGAUCUUAUCGAGUGCUCGUGCCGCUGGUCUUGGGCAUCAUAGGAUUUGCCGCUUUCAUGCUCUAUGAAGCGUUAUGGGCUGUAAAUCCAAUCGUUCCUUCCGCGCUCACGUCCAAUCGCACCAGCCUCAGUGGCUAUCUUCAGACAUUCUUCGUUGGUGUUGUCGCUCUUGGAAUUGUUUACUAUUAUCCUGUCUACUUCCAGGGGUGUAAGGAUGCCUCACCGAUAGGAUCUGGUGUCUUAAUCCUGGGCGUAGGCACGCUCGCACCUUCUGCACUUAUUGCUGGUGUUAUGGUCAAUCGCGCUCGCCGAUAUCGGCCGCAAAUGUGGGCUGGAUGGUGCCUGAUCAUGAUCGGAUUGGGUUUGUUUACCACGUUAACGGUGGAAUCGUCCAGAGGCAAAGCCGUUGGAUAUGGGGUACUCGUGGGAGUUGGCAUUGGUUUUGAAUACUCUACCACUCUAUUUCCUGUACAAGCUCCUCUGACGGUCAAACAGAAUGCGCAUGCACUCGCAUUCUUGAUGUUUGUUCGUUCCUUUGCCGGAGUCUGGGGCAUGACUAUUGGGUCCACAGUCCUACAGAACGAAUUGAAGCGUCAUCUCGAUAGCGACUUCCUCGCCGAAUUCCCCACUGGCGCUGCCAUUGCUUAUGCGCUGAUUCCGGAGAUCCCUCAUCUCACUCCCUCUCUGAAACUCAAUGCACAGACGGCAUUUGCCACAAGCCUGAAGGUUUUUUGGGAAGUGCUUUUGGGUGUCGGCGCAUUGGGAUUGCUAUCUUCGUUCCUCAUGAAAGGCUUGCCCCUCCAUACCACUCUGGAUGAGGAGUGGGCGAUGAAAGAAAGGAGCAGGAAGGAAGAGAGUCGUGAAGAGGCGGUGCUACUGUCCAUCCCCGACAAUGAUUUUUCGGUCAAGUCAGAGCCGUGAAGCCGUAGCCUUCUGCGCUGUUAGCUCUUCUUCGAUACGUUUAGUCUUUUGACAAAAUGCUGGUUGUUUACUCCAAUAUGACUAUGCUGUUCCAUUUUCGCCUUCGUUGGUAUCUUCGAUGGCCAGUACAUGCGCAUCAACUAAGCGG